CACGGAGUGGCGGAGUAUUUGUCAUCAAAUAGGAUAUUUAAACUACUUUUAUGUUAAAAAAAAAAAAAAAAAUUAAAAAAAUCUAGUUUUAUAUUAAGACUUGAUGUGGACUAGUGGACUUUAAUAAAUUACUCUGUAUUUUGUUUCUUGUCUAAUAAUAGCUUAUAUAAAGUUAAACCACGUUACCAUAUUUGACGCCCCAGUCCAGCCUCCUACGAUUGCCACCUGUGCUCUGCAGCCCACAGAAUCACAAAACUAGUGACAACUCAACAAACUAACCACUUUAUUACCCUUUCUUUCUCUCAACUUUCGAUAUUUUUUAAGGAAUUAACAGUAUUCAAAUCACAAUUGAUUGCUAAAGAAUUCUAUAGAUAAUAAAUCAAUCAAAUCAAUGGCGGAGAAAGGGGAAAUCAUUGAAGGGUUGAGAUUCGAGCAAAGACAUGGAAAACAAAGGGUUAGAGUUGGAAGAGUUUGGAAGGAUUCAAUUGGGUUUUAUCAUUUUGUUGAAUGGAGUGUUGGUAUCAGUCUUCUUUCUGAUUGCAAUCGCUCAUAUACCCAUGAUGAUAAUUCUGAUAUUGUUGCCACUGAUACUAUGAAGAACACUGUUUACGCAAAAGCAAAGGAGAGCAAAGAGCAAAUUACUGCUGAAGAUUUUGCUAUACUUCUUGCUAAGCACUUCACAUCAUAUUAUAAGCAGGUUACCACCGCCAUAGUCAAGAUAGUAGAGAAGCCAUGGAAGCGUGUGAAUAUAGACGGUCGACCACAUAAGCAUGGAUUUGAACUUGGAUCUGAAAAACAUGUUGCUGAAGCCAUCUUGAGUAAAUCUGGUGCCUUAAAGUUAUCGUCAAGCAUUGAAGGAUUAUCACUCUUGAAGACCACGAAGUCUGGUUUCGAAGGAUAUGUUAGGGACCGGUACACACUUUUGCCCGAAACACGAGAGAGGAUGCUUGCCACAGAACUCACGGCUACAUGGAGGUAUUCAUUCGAAAAUGUUCAUAACAUUCCAUCAAAACCACUGUACUUCGCUGAAAGAUACUCUGAUUUGAGGAAAGUGUUAGUUGAUACUUUCUUUGGUCAUCCUGAUGAAGGUGUUUAUAGCCCAUCAGUGCAGAGCACACUUUAUCAAAUGGCAAAGGCUGUUCUCAACAGAUUCCAUGUAAUAUCAUCCAUCAAUCUGAAAAUGCCUAAUCUGCAUUUCAUUCCUGUUAAUCUAUCGAGCAUGCAGAAUCCAAAUCUAGUCAAGUUCGCCGAUGAUGUAUAUCUUCCUACUGAUGAACCCCAUGGAUCAAUUGAAGCAAGCUUGAGUCGCCUUCAUUCAAGGAUGUAAAUAUCCGUGUAAAUGUAUAUUGGGAUGGUUGUUUCUACUUUUCUUACUCCUUGGGAUCCAAGCAAUAAGGCAGGAACAUUUGCUUCUUUUUCAGUAUUUUCCCCAUAUUUCUUUCGGGAUUUUAGAACUCUUAAAGUGUUAAGGAGCUGCUUAAAGUAAAAUAGACAAGGUUAAUAACUUUUCUUAUAAAAAAAAAAAAAAGGUCAAUACUUACACAAUUGAUAAAAUAAUCUAGAAGUCUUGUUUCAAAACAAAAAAAAAAAAAAUUAAAAAAAAAAAAAUUCUAGAAGUCUUGUUUUCUCUCUUAGGUGCCCCUAAUUUAAACUUCAAUUUUACAUGUACAAAGGAUAUAUUUGAAUAAUUUGAUAAUCUAAUAAGUGUUUGAUAGCUAA